CUUUGUUAAUACAUGAUUGUCAUGAACUUCCUAUCGUAUCUAUCAAAUUCCAUCAUAAACUUAAUCCAGUAUUGAUGUAUAUACGAUUAUAAAUAAUGGGUUCAUCUCCUAGUUCCCCCGUUUUAACCAAAGAAGUCAUGGAAGAGUAUUUACUUCUUACUUAUUUGAGCGAGCGGGAAAUUUUCAGAUUGUACACUAUGCUUUGCAGUCUUUGCACAGUUGAUUUUAAUGGAACGUUGAGGAAUUUUGCGUUCAGAUUUCCAGUAACCAGUAUUGAGCAGUUAUUUCCAGAAUUAAUGUAUAACCCUUUCAAAGACAGAAUAUUCAGAGUAUUUUCAUCGUUGCGAGACGGCAAAAUGUCUUUCGAGGACCUGCUAGAUUUGUGUUCUGUCAUGUCGGAAAACUGCCCUGCCCAGGUCAAGGCAGCGUAUGCAUUCCAGAUAUUUGAUUUCGACGAAGACAACUGCAUCGGGGAGCAAGAUCUAACGGAGGCUUUAAAUCGGCUUAUUGGCGGAUUCGGAUCUGUAACCAGCAGUCAACUAUCACGUAUAACUGACACAGUAGGUAUACCCAAGUGUGAACACAUUUAACUAAAUGUAUUGUAG